GGAAUUACGGGUUUACUUGUGGAUGACACUGGAAUCGGGAGCCGGAGAUAAUUCUUGCUUUUCCCCCCUCCCACACCUCGCGUCAUUUUACAUCCUACCUGGUCUUUGCGGGGCGAAUCAUCGUUUUCCAGUCGAUUUUGUCUAAUUUGUGUGCAACUAGCCUGAUGCGGCAGGCGGCAUGUAGCAGCCUGGGGCUAUUACGGCAGAAAUCUGAGGAUUGGAGCACGUUUGGUUCCACUGGCGGCAGAGGCAUUUUUUUUUCUAUCGCGGAACUCACACGACCCUCUACCUCAGUCCUUCACUCGAUGUCCUCUCCACUCCAUCAAUCGGAUACCGUUCUUGAAUCCCCGCCAUGAGGUAGCUGCUUGUCUAUCUUCGCCGCAAUUUCGUCCAUUUAUUGAUCAUAUAUUCUUUUAACUUCGUGCUAAUCUUACCGAUCAACCCGCACCCCUCCAGACCUCUCUCUCCAUCGAUUAUCCCUGGUUUCUCUCCACUCUCGGCACAGGCAUCUUCUCCAUUAUUUCUGUAUCCUCCUUCUUUUUGGAAACAUCAUCAGCCCGAAGAACCAAGCACCAUGGUCCGCAAUAUCGUUGUCAUUGGGGGCACUUCCCACCCGCAACUGACUCAGAACAUCUGCAGCACUCUGGGCAUACCGCCGGCAGACGUGCUACUUUCCAAGUUCUCUGUCGGCGAAACCAGAGUGGAAAUCAAAGAGUCCGUUCGCGGGAAAGAUGUUUACAUCAUCCAAUCCGGUGGCGGAAAAGUGAACGACCAUCUCCUGGAACUACUCAUUACCAUCUCUGCGUGUAAGACCGCCUCUGCCAAGAGGGUCACCGCUGUUCUCCCGCUUUUCCCGUACUCUCGCCAGAGUGAUAUUCCCUACAAUAAGACUGGCGCGCCUCUUGUAAAGUCCUCGAUUUCUGAGAAGUCUGGGCCCGCGAAUGGCUAUACUUUCGAGAGCACUCCGACAACUCCAUACCCCGGAAAACCUGAAAGUGGGAGUCUUUUGAAUGGUGUUGAUAAUCUACAGAAAAGCCUGGCAAAGGCUCAAAUAGAGGACAUCAACAAUGGCAGUCCAGUGAAGAAGCGUCCCACAAGUGGAUUCUCUCGCAGCAAUACUCUGGAAUCGCAACUAGAGAGCAGCAAGGCCGCUAUCCCGAACGGUGCUCUUAGUGAAGAUAGUGCGAACAAGAUCAACAACUUCCAACCGCGUCCGGGCUAUAAACAGUGGGUGGCUCAGGCAGGCACGCUGGUGGCGGAUUUGCUUGCCUGCGCUGGUGCCGACCACAUCAUCACGAUGGACCUGCACGAUCCUCAGUAUCAGGGGUUCUUCGACAUUCCCGUAGACAACCUGUAUGGCAGGCCGCUUCUCAAGAGUUACAUUCAGCGGAAUAUUCCCAAUUACAAGCGGGCCGUUAUCGUUAGCCCUGAUGCGGGUGGUGCUAAGCGUGCCACGGCAAUUGCGGAUUCCAUGGGCAUUGAAUUUGCCUUAAUUCACAAGGAACGCCGUCCCACACGCAUCACAGACCGUCAGAAUGCCACUAUGAUGUUGGUCGGUGAUGUGAAGGGCCGGACUGCUAUCCUGAUUGAUGACUUGGCGGAUACAUCCAAUACUAUUACUAGAGCUGCGAAGCUCUUGAAGAAAGAAGGUGCUGCUCAAGUCUACGCCUUAGUGACUCAUGGUAUCCUGAGCGGAGAUGCCAUUGAUCGAAUCAACGCUAGUGCCCUGGACAAAGUGGUAGUAACGAACAGCGUCGAUCAGGCAGAGCAUCUGCGCCAGUGCUCUAAGCUAGAGGUUUUGGAAGUUGGCCAUGUCUUUGCCGAGGCUAUUCGUCGUGUUCACCAUGGCGAGAGUAUCAGUGUCCUUUUCCAGUACGACUAACGACUUUAUUCAACUUUUGACGUGUUUUGUUCUUCCUUUCUCGAGGAUUCUAACAUGAAUCCUGACAACGGAAAAAGGGGUGAUGAGAACAAUUUAUAUCCUGAAGUGAUUGCUUUUUGGUGGACUGCCUUCAACAUAAUGACGCCCGCCUUGCUAUAUUGGAUCAUUUUAUGGCUAUAAAAUCUCAUCAACGCAUAUCGCGUUCCUGCGUUGAAUAUGUCGACCGAAUUAUGAAACCAGUAGAUAGGCUCCUAGGCUAGCCGACCGGGCUCUAUCUGAACCUCGUUUCCCUUUUGCCUUUCGUUGCUAUUGUUGCUCUUGUUCAGGCUACUGCAUGGCAUUUUGCUACAUCCCUUACCCUGCAAUUGCAAUCAUCUGGCAAAAUAACAAAACCAUGUAUUCUAGGGAGAGUUUGCCCUGAACAUGUAUCUGCAUAGAUGCAUUUAUAUACUAACUCUCAUACAAGCACUACUAACCUAGAAC